AACACAUCAGGAGCACAGAAGAACAUGUCCCGGAAAUAUUAACCGAUUUUAAACAUCUGCUGAUGAAUAAACUUAUGGAGGAGUGAGGUUUUGUAUUUAUUUAAUAAAUAAGUGUACAGUUAUUCGCAAUGGACAUAUCCUCUGAUGAAUCUGAUGACUGGUUUAUGGAGUCUCUGAACGCAUACAAAGACCUGCACUUAUUUCAACUCGAGCAUCCGACAAAAGUAAUAGAGUGGACGGGAGACAAAAAUAUUUGUGUUGCAGGAUACACUGGAGCAAGAAGUGAAAUCUUAGAGUUACUUCUUCCUCUUAAGUUAUAUGCAGGAGAAAACCAGGGUCUUUGUGCAGAAAGAGACUUCAAAGUACAGCAUGGUGGGUUUUCAGAGGAACCUGUUGAGAAUUUGAUACAUAUCCCUGGAACAAGGUGUGCGGUGACUAGUGGAAGUUCUAGUUCGACGUUGCAGAUUUGGGAUAUUGGGGGCGAUGAUAGUGAUGUUAUAAAAAGGACUGGAGUCAUAAACCUCAAGAGCAAAUCAGCAACAGGCAGUAAAAUAGCACCUGGAUUGACAGACGAACCGGCGGUUCUUCAUGGUUCUUGUAUAAGUGACGUUGAGCUGACAGAGAUAGCAACAGGGCGGGUUCUGCAUACAGUAGCAAAAGAGUCCUCAGAUUCAGUGAGUGGCUUACAGUUUGUGAACGCUUGUGUGUUUCUCAUUUGUACGAGCAAUGGCACUCUGCUCAUGGGUGACACAAGAGCUCCCUCGACUUGUCAUUAUCCUCUGGAAGAGAGUAAGAGUGGUUUGCACUGGUCGUUUGGGUUGAGGAGUGACCGCAUCCAGUCAGAAGCUUCCUGUACUGUAGCCAGACUCUCAUCCUCCGGUCACAUUCUGCUGUCUGACCUAAGAGAUUUACAGAGUAUGUUUUGUCAAACCCAAAUAAAAGUCCAACACAGUGCAUCAAACAAUGACUUCCUGAACAUUUCUUGGGCUCCUGUUCUUGACAGAUGUCUGUCUGUGUCAGGCUUUGAUGGAACAGUGCACAUUUACGACACAAUGGAUUGGAGUACAGAGGGUCAGAGCCCCCAGCCAGUUUUUUCACACCGAGGUCAUGAAAUGUCACAUGAAGGAAAACAUUGCGAUUUCCCUCCUGUUGUUACCACCCAUUCUUGGCAUCAAUCACGACCAAAAACUCUUCUCUCAGCAGCUACGGAUGGAUCUCUACAUGUAUGGGACUGGGUGGAUAAAAUCACUGACAGAUGAUGUUGAUGUUUAUAAAAGAGACCGAAGUAUUGUGUAAUGAUACAAGCAUAUCCUUUAUUCAUUUAUAACAUAUUUGCAUAAUAAUUUGCAGGCAGAGUACAAUGUUUGUGAACUCAGUAAGUUAUAUUAAACAAUUUAAAAAAAUA